AUGCGUUUGGGUGCCAAUCCUUUUGGACCAGCAGGCACGGGUAAGACGGAGUCGGUCAAGGCGCUUGGUAACACUAUGGGCAGGUUUGUGCUCGUCUUCUGUUGUGACGAGGGCUUUGACUUCCAGGCCAUGGGGCGCAUUUUCGUUGGGCUUUGCCAGGUCGGCGCCUGGGGAUGUUUCGACGAGUUCAAUCGCCUCGAAGAGCGCAUCCUUUCGGCGGUUUCGGAGCAGGUGCUCACCAUCCAGACGGGUAACAAGCAGAACAAAACGGAAAUCGAGAUCCUUGGGAAGCAGGUGCGGCUGAACUCGAACGUGGGCAUCUUCGUGACGAUGAACCCCGGGUACGCAGGGCGCUCAAACCUCCCCGACAACCUGAAGCAGCUCUUCCGGGCUAUGGCCAUGACCACCCCAGACAAGGCGCUCAUCGCGCAGGUGAACCUCUACAACCAGGGCUUCAAGAGCGCCGAGCGGCUGGCCGGCAAGGUCGUGUUCCUGUUCGACCUCUGCAAGGACCAGCUGUCGUCGCAGCCGCACUACGACUUCGGGCUGCGCUCCCUCAAGGCAGUGCUCGCCUGCGCCGGCAACAUGAAGCGAGAUUCGGUCGCGAAGCUCGGGAAGGCCAAGCUCGACUCCAUGUCGGACGAGGAGAUGGCCAACGACGAGCAGGGCAUCCUGCUCCGGGCCAUAUUCGACACCCUGGUCCCCAAGCUGGUGGCCCAGGACAAGCCGCUGAUGUCGAGCCUGAUCACUGGCGUCUUCCCCGGAUCCGACGUGAGCCCCGUCGAAGACGAGGUCCUUCAGAACGAGAUCAGGCGCCUGUGCGACCUCCGCCACUUCGACUGCACGCCGAACUUCAUGCUGAAGUGUAUGGAGCUCUACCAGAUCCAGAGGAUAACCCACGGCGUGAUGCUGGUGGGGUCGGUCGGCACGGGCAAGACGACAGUCUGGCGCACCCUGCUGGAUGCGAUGGAGAAGGUCGACAAUGUCAAGGGCGAUGCCUACGUGGUUGACCCCAAGGCGAUCUCCAAAGAGGAGCUCUACGGCAGACUGGACGCCACGACGCUGGAGUGGACAGACGGAGUUUUCACAGACAUCCUUAGGCGCGUUACCGCAGGCCAUAGGGGCGAGAAGGAUCGGCGGCAGUGGAUCAUGUUCGAUGGCGACGUGGAUCCCGAGUGGGCAGAGAAUCUGAAUUCUGUCCUUGACGACAACAAGCUUCUUACUCUGCCCAACGGUGAGCGCCUGGCAAUUCCCGAGAAUGUCAGGAUCAUGUUUGAGGUCGACACACUAAAGUACGCCACUUUGGCGACGGUCAGCCGUUGCGGAAUGGUGUGGUUCGCAGAAGACGUGGUCUCCCCCGAGAUGAUGUCGAUGCAGGAGUUGAAGGCGAUCAAGUACGGCAACCUUGAGGCAAAAGGUGGCCAGGACAAGGGAGGAGAAGGGAAGGGCGAGUUUGACGAGCCCAACCGGGAGCAGGCCACGAAGGCUCUGUGUGUGGAUGUCGUGACGGACAUGUUCAAGGACGGGGGGUUCGUGCUUCGGGCGCUGGAGCUCUCGCGCAGGUGCGAGCACAUCAUGGUGUUCACGGACAUCCGCGCCCUCACGAGCCUGUUCUCGCUCGUCAGAAAGGGCAUCAACAUGAUCCUCGAGUACAACGAGCAGCAUGAGGACUUCCCGCUAGCGGAGGACAUCGCAACCAAGUUCAUCAAGAAAUAUGUGGUGUUCUCUACUUGCUGGUCGUUGGGUGGGGACAUGCACCUGAACCUGCGCAUGGACUACUGCAACCAGCUCUGCGAGUUCAUGGGCGACGUCGAUGUUCCCAGCGGCAUCGGCGGCGACACCACCCUCUUGGAUUUCGAGGUGCGCAUCGAGGACGGCGAGUGGUACCACUGGAAGGAGCGAGUGCCAGUGCUGGACAUCGAACCAGACAAGGUCGGGGACUCCAGCCUGAUCAUCUCGACCGUCGACACGGUUCGCCACACGGCCACCCUGGCGGCCUGGCUCGAGGAGCGGCGCCCGUUCAUCCUGAGCGGGCCCCCCGGCAGCGGCAAGACCAUGACGCUGAUGUCGACGAUGAAGGCCAUGGCGGGGUCCCUGGAGCUCGCCUCGCUGAACUUCUCGGCCGGCACGACGCCGGAGCUCCUGCUGAAGACCUUCGACCUGUACUGCGAGACGGUGAAGACGCCCAGCGGGUUCGUGAUGCGGCCGCUGCAGGCCGGGAAGUGGGUCGUCGUCUUCUGCGACGAGUGCAACCUCCCAGAGCAGGACAAGUACGGGACGCAGCGCGUCAUCAUGUUCAUCCGCCAGAUCACCGAGGCCGGCGGCUUCUACCGCCCGAGCGACAGGCAGUGGGUCCGGGUGGAGCGCGUCCAGUUCCUGGGAGCAUGUAACCCGCCGACGGACACCGGACGUCACCCAAUGUCCGAUCGCUUCCUGAGGCACGCUCCCGUGAUCUGGGUGGACUACCCUGGCCCCGAUUCUUUGAAGCAGAUCUAUGGGACUUUCAACCGCGGGAUGAUGAAGUUGCAGCCGCACCUUCCUAAGACGCUAGCCGACGCGACAACGAAUGUCAUGGUCCAGUUUUGGCGCGACAACGCCAAGCACUUCACAACCGACAUGCAGCCCCACUACCUUUAUUCUCCCCGAGAGCUCACCAGGUGGAAGACUGCGAUGUACGAGACAAUGAGGACCGUGGAGGGAAUGACAGAGACGAAUGUGAUCCGUCUGGUCGUUCACGAGGCGCUGCGGAUCUUCGUGGACCGCAUGGUGCACCAAGAGGAAAAGGAUUGGGGCGAGGAGCAGCUGUUCAACAGUGCCAUGUCUGAGUUCCAAUGCUCCCCCGACGUCCUUCAGAAACCCAUCCUCUUCAGCUGCUAUCUGUCGGAGUCGCAGCACUACACCAACUCGGACCAGGAGGAGCUCCGCGCAUUCGUGGCCGGCAAGCUCCAGCAGUUUUACGAGGAGGAGCUGGCGGUGCACCUCGUCAUCUUCGACGAGGUCCUGGACCACAUCGUGCGCAUGGACAGAGUGCUGCGGCAGCCCCUUGGGCAUCUGCUGCUGGUCGGCGCUUCUGGAGCUGGGAAAACGGUCCUCUCAAAGUUCGUGUCGUGGAUGAACGGCCUCACCGUCUUCUGCCUGAAAGUGGGCCGUAAUUAUGACGUAUACGCAUUCGAGGUGGAUUUGAGGCACGUGAUGAAGCGAUCCGGCGUCAAGGGCGAGAAGAUCACCUUCAUCUUCGAUGAGUCGAACGCCUUGGGGCCCGCGUUCCUGGAGCGCAUGAACGCUCUACUUGCCGCCGGGGAGGUGCCAGGCUUGUUCGAGGGGGACGAGUUCAGCACUCUGAUGACAGAGUGCAGACAUGCUGGCAUGCAGGGGCUGGACGACGCUGAGCUGUUCGCGCGAUUCACCAAGCAGGUCCAGCGAAACUUGCACAUUGUCUUCACCAUGAACCCCGCGAAUCCUGAUUUCUACAAUCGCUCGAACUCCAGUCCUGCACUCUUCAAUCGGUGCAUCAUCGACUGGUUCGGUGAUUGGCCCCACGAGGCCCUGAUUCAAGUAGGAUAUGACUUCACCAAAGAGCUGGAGGUGUCGAGCGAGUCGUUCGGCAGGCCCGCAAACUUCGCCGACGAGAAGGUGAAGCACGACGCCCUCGCCAACGUCAUCGUGGAGUUCCACGAGAAGGUCGACGAGGUGAAUGUCCAGCUCAGGAAGUCCGCGCAGAAGUACAACUUCAUCACCCCCCGCGACUUCCUGGAUUUCAUAAACCAUUUUCUGCUCAUCCUGAAGGAGAAGCGCGAGGAGGUCAAGGAGCAGCACGAGCACAUCGACGGAGGCCUCAGGAAGCUGAAGGAGACGGAGAAGCAGGUGGCGGAGCUGCAGCAGGGGCUGGCGGUGAAGGAGAAGGAAUUGGCCGAGCAGAACAAGAAGGCGGAGGAGAUGAUGUCCCAGAUGGUGCAGGGCCAGGGCGAGGCCGAGGAGAAGAAGAAGUCCAGCGAGGUGCUGUCGAAGGAACUGGAAGCCCAGUCCGCGGUGAUCAAUGAGAAGAAGGUCAAGAUCCAGGCCGAGAUCGACGAGGUCGAGCCCGCCCUGGAGGCCGCGAAGCAGGCGAUGAAGGGCGUGGACAAGAAGUCGCUGGACGAGCUGCGAAUGCUGAAGACGCCGCCGGAUGGGGUGCGGAUCGCCAUGGAGGCGGUUACUUUGAUGGUGCGGCCAGAGGUCGGGAAGGAGGUGAAUUGGGACAUCGUCAAGAAGAUAUGCAAGGACACAUCGUUCAUACCGAGCAUCUUAGAGUACAACGCAGAGACCCUGAAGGACUCCACGCGCAACCUUAUCCAGAAGAACUACUUGGACACGAAGGCGUGGGACAUCACAGCGAUCAACCGCGCGUCUAAGUGUGCCGGGCCAGUCGCCACCUGGGUCCAGAGCCAGAUGAAGUUUGCUCACCUGCUGCACCAGAUGGAGCCGAUGAGGAAUGAGCUCAAGUCGAUGGAGGACAAGGCGGCAGUCAACAAGAAGGCGUUCGACGAGCAGCAACAGCAGGUGAUCGACAUGGAGCAGAAGAUCCAGAAGUACAAGGAGGACUACGCCGUGCUCAUCGGGCAGGUUCAGGAGAUCAAGACGGAGAUGACGUCCGUGAAGGACAAGUGCCAGCGCUCCCUGAAGCUCCUGGAGGACCUCUCCGGCGAGAAGAUCCGGUGGGAGGGCUCGGCGGCCGGCUUCGAGGGGCUCCUCGCCACGAUGGUCGGGGACGUGCUGAUCUCGGGGGCCUUCUGCACCUACAUCGGCUUCUUCGACCUCUUCAUGCGCCAGCAGGUCAUGCGCUCGUGGAGGGACCUGCUGGAGGAGGCCGACAUCAGGCAGCAGGAGACCCUCUCGGUCAUCGAGUACCUGUGCAAGCCGUCGGACCGCCUGCAGUGGAAGGAGAACGCGCUGCCCGAUGACGACCUGUGCUGCGAGAACGCCAUCAUCAUGAAGCGGUUCCUCCGCUACCCGUUGAUCAUCGACCCGUCGGGGCAGGCGGUGACGUUCUUGCAGAACGAGUUCAAGAGCAAGAAGUUGAACAAAACAUCCUUCGUGGACGCGAUGUUCAUGAAGCAUUUGGAGACGUCGCUCCGAUUCGGGGCCCCCCUGCUGGUGAUGGACGUGGACAGAGUAGACCCCAUUCUGAACAACGUUCUUAACAAGGAGACAUUCAAGCAGGGCCCUCGAGUGUUGAUAUCUUUAGGCGACCAGGACAUCGAUUUCAGCCCGUCGUUCGAGAUGUACAUGUGCACGCGAGACUCCACUGCACAGUUCACGCCAGACCUCUGCAGCCGCGUCACGUUUGUGAACUUUACUGUCACGCCAUCCUCUCUGCAGAGUCAGUGCAUGAAUGCCCUGCUGAAAUCUGAGCGUCCAGACGUGGACAAGAAGCGCGCGGACAUGCUAAAGCUUCAGGGGGAGUUCAAGGUAAAGAUCCGGGAGCUCGAGGAUGGCUUGCUUCAGGCACUGUCCAACGUGGAGGGUUCGAUCCUGGAGGACGUGAAGGUCAUCGCCACGCUCGAAAAGAUUAAGAAAGAGAGCGCCGAGAUUGCGGUGCAGGUAGCGCAGACCGACUCGGUCAUGCGCGAGAUCGAAGAGACGUGCCAGCAGUACGACCCGCCUGGGAACAGUGCCGCCAGUCUGUUUUUUCUUCUGCAGAGCAUGGACGUUAUGAACCCACUCUACCGCUACAGCCUCGCCUUUUUCCUGGAACUCUUCAAUCAGAGCAUCAAGACUCCAGAGCUGGGCGACGUGAAGGAGUACGACAAGCGCCUGGAUCUCAUCGUUCAGGCCCUCUUCCGCAACGCGUUCCAGAAGAUAGCACCCGGCCUGCGGGAGGAGGAUGUCCUCGUCUACGGCCUGCGCCUCGCGCAGAUGGUGGCGGAGAGCGGGGAGCCUCUCGCGCAGGGCGAGCUCGACCUGCUCCUCAAGGGCGCGCAGGUCGACGUGAUGAAGACGGCCGCCGCGAACCUCGCCGAGCAGUGCCGGAGCGUGCUGCCGGGCAAGCUGAGCCCCCAGCAGGUCAAGGGCCUGCAGGACCUGCACGCGCUGCCCAGCUUCGCAGACCUCGUGGGCCACAUGCAGGCCAACGAGGCCGACUGGAAGGUGUGCCUGGAGCACCUCGAGCCCGAGACCGUCAUCCCGGCAGGGUGGCGCGACGGCGGGGGUCCCCUCGGCGAGUCGAACCAGAUGCUGCAGAGCGCCUUGCUGAUGAAGGCCCUCCGCCCGGACAGGCUUGUGACGGUGUGCACUCAGCUGGUGGAGACCGUCCUCGGGAAGGGCUUCUUGGACUUGCCCGCCUUCGAGCUCGCCCGAAUUCUCGAGAAGGACAGCAAAGCGUCGUCGCCCAUCAUGAUGGUGAGCUCGCCAGGCUUCGACGCCAGCGGCAAAGUCACGCAGCUGGCACAGACGCAGGGCAAGAAGCUCACCUCUGCAGCCAUGGGCUCGCAAGAGGGCUUCAGCAUUGCGGACAAAGGUAUCGCCGCUGCGUCGAAAGACGGAUCUUGGGUGCUCCUGAAGAACGUCCAUUUGGCGAUAAAAUGGCUGUCCGAGUUGGAGAAGAAGCUCUAUGGCAUGAACCCGCAGCAAAAUUUCAGGCUCUUCUUGACCAUGGAGUUCAACCCCAAGAUACCUGCGAACCUGAUACGUCUGUCGCGCGUAUUCGUCUUCGAGCCGCCGUCUGGAGUGAAGGCAUCGCUGCAGCGCUCCUUCGCGCAGACCCUGCCCGCGGAAAAGUCCGACCGAGAGCCAGUGGAGCGGUGCAGGCUGCACUUCCUCUUGGCGUUUCUGCACGCAACAGUGCUUGAGAGGCUGCGGUACUUCCCGGUCGGCUUCAGCAAGAAGUACGAAUUCAGCGACGCGGACCAGACAUGUGGCCGGGACAUCAUCGACGCCUGGGUUGAUAGCGUGUCUCAGGGCGGCAAGGUUUCUAACAUCAGUCCGGACAAGAUACCUUGGGAUGCGAUCCAGUCCAUCCUGGGCGAGGCCAUUUACGGGGGCCGAAUCGACAACGAGUUCGACCACAUGGUGCUCAAGUCUUUCAUCAAGAGUCUCUUCUGCGAGGAAUCCUUCAACAGCGACGUCGUUCUCAACUCGGUGCUGUCCAAGGAACACCAGCUGAAGUCUCCAGACGCCCGCAAGAGGGAGCAGUUCUCGGAGUGGGUCGACAACCUCGACCGGAAGGGCUCGCCGACCUGGGUCGGGCUGCCGGUGCACGCCGAGCAGAUGUUGCGCAUCAACCGCGCGAACCACACGCUGUCACGCUGGCUGCAGCUCCAGGCCUCUGUGACGGCGGUGCCGAAGGGCGAGAAGGCCGCGCCGGGGCAAAAGAAGCGGAUGAGCGUCGUGAACCCGCUCGCGGCCCUCGGCACCAAGGUGAAGAACAUGAUCGACUCCCUGCCCGAGACUUUCGCGAUGAUGGAACGCACAGAGUCCUCGCUGCAAGAUCCCCUCUGGCGGUGCUUCGACCGCGAGAUGGGCUUCGCCGGCAGCCUCCUGAAGACCGUGAAGGCCGACCUUGAGAAGCUAAUGGGGGUUUGCAACGCCACCGUGAAGACGACAAACGACAUAAAGAUGCUCAUCCAGGAUCUGCAGACAGACGCCAUUCCUAAGGGGUGGAGGAAGUACACCGUGGCAGACAUCACGGUGACUGAGUGGCUGCUCGACUUCAGCCUGCGCCUGAAGCAGCUCCAGGAGGCGCGCACGUGCGGGAGCCUGCAGCGCUUCCAGCUGUGGCUGGGCGGCCUCUUCUUCCCCGAGGCAUUCCUCACGGCCUCGCGGCAGGCCGUCGCCCAGCUGCUGAAGGUGUCGCUGGAGGAGCUGCUGCUCGCGGUCGACGUGGGCUGCGAGCAGCAGGACGACGAGUCGUUCAUAAUCAAGGACUUGUACUUGGAGGGCGCCGCCUGGGAUUCGCAGCUGACGAUGACGGACGAGCUCACCGUGGCGAUGCCCGUGACGCGGCUGAAGUGGGUGCAUCGGGAGUCUGCCGAGUACAAGAAGAGGGCCGAGUACCUCCGUGUGCCUGUGUACCUCAACACCGGCAGGAGCCACCUGGUGAGCGAGUUCAGCCUUCCGUCGCCGAAGGAGGUGCCCGUGUUCGUCUGGCUGCAGCGGAGCGUCUGCAUCACCCUCUGGACCAAGCAGUAG